AUGAUUAAACAACAGCAACCACAGACCAUUACAUACGCCACAUAUGCAUAUAAUUCAAAGACGGCAGAACAAACGCAAAGGUUGAAAUAUGGAGAUUUGGAAAUAGUAUUGAAAAAUGACCAUUUCGAAUUCGUUUGCAAAGGUGGUGCGGUGAUAUCAAAUAUAAAAGAAAUUUUAUUUAUGAAUUCAAAAAUUAAAGGAAUAACGGAUGAUAUAACAUCAAUUCCACCAGAAGAACAAAGAUAUUACGCAUUAAAUGCAUUUCCUAAAGUUUUGAAGAUUGGAAGAUUUAAUUUAAAUGAGGAAUUCAUAAAAGGUUUCCUAAAUGACAUAAUGAAGAAGGCAGAUAAAACUUAUGUUAACGAUGAGUUAGGGAAGAAGGCAGAUAAAACAUAUGUUAACGAUGAGUUAGUGAAGAAGGCAGAUAAGGAAUAUGUGGAUGAAAAAGAUAAUGAAAUUAUAGAAAGGGUUGAAUGGUAUCAUGAAUGGGCAUCAAAGAUUUUAAAAACUAAAGCUGAUACAGGGUGGGUUUCAGGAUGUUUAGACCUUAAAGCAGAUAAAACAUAUGUUAACGAUGAGUUAGGGAAGAAGGCAGAUAAAACAUAUGUUAACGAUGAGUUAGUGAAGAAGGCAGAUAAGGAAUAUGUGGAUGAAAAAGAUAAUGAAAUUAUAGAAAGGGUUGAAUGGUAUCAUGAAUGGGCAUCAAAGAUUUUAAAAACUAAAGCUGAUACAGGGUGGGUUUCAGGAUGUUUAGACCUUAAAGCAGAUAAAACAUAUGUUAACGAUGAGUUAGGGAAGAAGGCAGAUAAAACAUAUGUUAACGAAAUAUACCAAAGUUUAGUUGGAACAAAAAAUAUUGAAACUAUUGUUGGCGAUGUUUCUAUCUAUGAAGAAAACAAAUAUUUUAGAUGGGAGUUUGUACAGUCCUUAAGAAAUGGUAUACGGUAUAAACUCAUUCCGAAAAAUAACAAUGAAAUGUAUGUAGGCUAUAUAAAGAAUAAUGGCACACAAGUUAAAGUUCCAUUAGACAACAACUGCUACUUAAACUUAUAUGGAGACGAACAAAAGAAAUAUUUAAGAGUUUAUGAAAUGGUAGAUAUGACAUUACCUGACCCAGCUCCAGCACCAUAUUAUUAUGACUAUGGGGAUGAUGUCAGAACACCACAUGUAGAUGAACAAAAGUUAACAUUAUAUUUAGAUUAUUAUAGAUAUAAAAGAUAUAAUGCAAUAGAAAAAACGAGAAUAGUAUAUUAUUAUACAGAUGACAGAAAUAAAUAUUAUAGUCAAGAUUUUACCUACCCUGAAAACAUAAGAUUAUAUUAUAAAAAAUAUUCUGACACAAACCAGAAGAAACCUGAAAUAGUUACACUAUAUUUUAAGUUCAAAAGAGACAAUCCUAUAAUAUCUCAUAUGUUUGAUUUAAUGAACCCAGUAGGUUCUAUUUAUACAUCUAUGGAUGCAAGAGGUCCUCAAGUAAUGUUUGGUGUUGGUGCAUGGGAACAAAUAGUUGACAGGUUUUUGUAUUGUGCAAACUCUUCAAAGGAAACAGGGGGAAGUAAAACGAUUUCAGGUGAAAAUUUACCUGCACAUAGUCACUACGUUAAUUUAAGCACAUCUCAAGCAGGUUGGCAUAAGCAUAGAUAUUGGGAUUGGUCAGGAAUGACAAAAGGUAAAGGAUAUGAUGUUAAAGACGACGUUAAGUUUGCCAUAAAUUGUUACUGGAGUGACACUCAGGGAGAAGGAAACCAUACACAUUUCGUUUCAGGAUAUACACAAACAACGGGACAAAGUAAAGAAUACAUGCCACCAUUUAUGACUGUAUUCGCAUGGUUCAGAGUUGCUUAA